AUGAAGCUCGCAUCCUGGCUAAUUGGUGGGAUACUCAGUGCUUGCCAUCUCAUUCAGCUAGCAUGGGCAGAGCACCUUCUCGAGGCGACUUCCCUGGUCCCCUGUUCCGAUAAUGGGGUCAUCGGCAUCGAUUAUUUCAGUGUCGUCUUCACGCCGUCAACUAGCAGUGUUACGCUCAGCUUCGAUGGCACAAUCAACUACUCCGGUUAUGUUCUGUUCGAUGUGGAAGUGCUGGUAUACGGAUACAGUGCAGUCAACACAACUAUCGAUCUAUGUACAAUAACCACGGUUUCAGGACUGUGUCCCUUGAGCAUCAAGAACUUGGAGAUUGAGACUGCCACGUUCUCGAUGUCGAAAGAUCUUGUCUCGAACUUACCAAACAUUACGUAUACCUUCCCGGAUAUCGACGCUCUCGUUCGCGUCAAUAUGGUGUCCAAUGGCACAUCAGAACAAAUUUCUUGCAUUGAGACGCGAAUCUCCAAUGGCAAAACAGUCAACCAAGGAGCCGUCGCCUGGGUACUUGCAAUCAUCACCGGUGUGUGCAUAGUAACGUCCGUGUUCCUUUCGAUUUCAGGGCACUCGGCCAACACCACGGAUCUCAACUUCCGAACCCUACUAUUCUUGAGCUUCAUGCAGAGCCAGGCAAUCCUCGGUAUGGCCGCCGUGGAAUUUCCACCGAUGGCCCAAUCCUGGACCCAAAUGUUCCAAUGGACCGUGGGCAUUGUUCAUGCCGAAUUUCUGCAGAAUAUUUGCACGUGGUUCUUGCGCGCUACCGGAGGCACAGCAUCGACCUUAUUAAGUGAGUCCGGCAAGGAAUCAGUCUAUCUAGCGAAGCGAUCGACGGAAGGCCUGCAUCGACUCCUUCCCCGAAUUACCGAUACGACUGUCAACGGAACCGAAAAGACCGUCCGAGGAAUCGAGCGCGUGGGUUAUCGGAUAAACAUUGAGACGACCAACAUAUUCAUGACUUCCUACAUUUUCUUCUAUUUCGCCGCCUUCUGCCUAAUCGUUUUCAUCCUACUCCUCAGUCUCGGCCUGCCCGCACUCGCUAAAAAAGUGAACAGUGCCAAGUUAGACCGCGCCGCCGGCGCUUGCACUGAACGGAUAACCUUGAUGCGUGGUAUUAUCUACCGAGUGGUAUCCUUGGGAUACCCGCAAAUGAGUGUUCUCUGUCUGUGGGAAAUUGUUCACCGAGACUCUCCCGCCGAAAUCGUCUGCGGAAUCAGUAUGUGGCUUGCAAUGACUGGCGUCCUCUCCUUUGCAGGAUUGAAAGUCUUCCAACGCGGCAAAGCUUCUCGGUUCCUGGGCGGCAGCCCAGAUUAUACGCUCUACUCCGAUCCCAUCUGUAUGACCAAGUGGGGUUUCUUGUAUAUCAACUACCGAGCGCAGGCCUCUUGGUUCAUGAUCCCACUCAUAGCCCACGCCGCCAUUCGGGGCAUGGUUGUUGCAUUUAGCCAGCCAAACUGGGAGGCUCAAUCCAUCGUACUUGUUGUCGUGGAAGCAGGCAUGCUGGCUGUGACAGCGGUAGUGAGACCCUACAUGAACAAAAAGGCAAACGGGUUUGCCAUUACAGCCUGCGCGCUAAAUUUCCUCAACGCAAUUUUCCUCCUUGUCUUCUCCAACAUCUUCAACCAAUCCGUCAUGGUUGGCGCCAUCAUGGGUGUCGUUUGGUUCCUUUUCGGCGCCACAUUUACCCUCGUCCUGCUGGUAUGGCUGCUGAUUGCUCUCUACCGCGCCUUUGCGGUCACGGAGUCCGUCAACUACAAGCGCCUUUCCGACAACCUCUCCACCUUCCAACAGCCCGAGAACAGAAUGGAAACUGAACUUAUGCCAUUAGAGAAGUUUUCUAGGGGAGACAUCAGUCCUGUUUCUUCCCGGUGGAGAAUUGAUGAGUCGGAACACGCCAGAUCUAACGAAGUACUGGGCGCUCACUGGCAGCCAUCAAAAUCACAGCGCGCUGAUGAGGCGCCACCUGUUUUCAACGAAAGGAGCCCCACGCCGAGGUCCUUGGACAAUUUCAUGGAACCUACGUUGCCGCUUAUCCCUGGUAGUCCUGAUAACCGGGGGCGACGGUCUCCGCGACCUCCAGACUAA